UGAAUCAUCGUCCGUCGGGCGCAGUACGGAGUACCCGGUCCUCAGUCGGUGUUGCGCUUCUUGAGCGUGCAGACGUGUGAAGCGCUGGCGUUUACGCGAAUGGCGUGACUUACGUGAUGUUCAUAUAACUACGCUCAUUAUACUAUAGUGUUCGGGAUAUAGUAUUGUCCGAGUGACGCCUAGUUUAAGCAUGCUGAUGGUACAUACUAACACUCAACCUAUGAAGACCACGAAAAUUAAAGGACCUCCACCUGUUCCUCCGCGACCCAGUCAGAGUAUGGUGGCCGAAGCUCUGGCGAAGACGAGGAAAGCGGUCGCGGAUUCCAAAGCUACGCUGAAAAGUCGCACUUUCACCAAAAAUGAAAUGACCCAUGUUUCCUCGAGAGCCAAAACAUUGGAUAGGAAUACGACGUCGAUCAAACCAACCGUGUCGCCUCGACAAAAUGGACUCGCGCGCGUCAAAUCAUUCAUUAAAGACGUUAUCAGUGACCGCAGCUCGUCAUCGGACGAAAGGAAAUCCAGCGGAGCGAACUCCAGGAGGAGUUCCAGCGACAGCAGCUCUAUACAAUCACCUACGUCGAAUAAAUCAAAUGAAUCUCUUAACUCCAAAGCCGUUAAAACAUGUAGACAAAUAUUGAUCCGAUCUCUUUCUACGUCUAAUAAAUUAGAUCAAGACACCAAGUGCAAGGUAUCAAAAUCAUCUAGCUUCGCCGAAAAGACGCUUCCUUUACGUAAGGCACCACCGCCACCGCUGUCACCUAAACCUAAGCUGAAACCGAUGAAACAACUUCCCGCACAGAAAACGAACACAGAACCUAGAAAGCAACACAAGGAACCGUGCGUCGCUCUUUAUUCGUUGCCGGUGGACGCAAAGCCUAUUGAAACGGCGGUCAGUGAAGCGUGCUACGCGACGGUCGAAGACAUAGCAAAAGUUGAAGACAGACUACAGGUAGAAGAAAAAACGAUAGCCAAAAACGAAAAAGACCAAGAACAGGAAGACAUUAAUAAGAACACGUUAGAAAGAAAGACCUCCAGGGUAACAGAGAUGCUCAUUUCGGAGAUUCUGGCCAGCAGAAACAAUAACAAAGACGAAGCUAACGCUGUUAUAGAUAAAGGGAAAGAUUCCGAGAACACAAACGGGAAUGAAGCUGAGAGUGAGAAAAUGAAGGACAUGAAUAAUCACGAAAUGUUGAUAUAUGAAUUACAAACGAUGAGAUCACAGACCAACUUACCAGAGACUGUCGAUGUCAAAGAUGAUAUGCAUUGUGACUCGGAGGAGGACAAUUACGGUGAAUCGGGUAACAGUGAAUACGUGGAGGACGAUGAAGCGUACGCCAGCAUCAGAGACGACGACGACCUCAGAUCUAGACUACGUAAGCAGUUCCGUGCUAUAAGCACUAUGUCGCUCCAAGGAUUGCCUCCACUGCCGAAGAGUCUCAGCGGCUUCGCUGACGGCGACGAUCUCUUGGAGCCUCCCGGGCCUGCGCAGUCACAGGAACCCCCCACUGACCUUGACUCACAGUUGGUCUAUUUGAAGAGAGAAAUGGCCAGCUUGAGGCAGCUAGAUCUAUCUCUACUAUCCGAACUGUGGACGUUGUCAGAGGCUAUGGCGUCCUGGCGGCGUCAAAUAGAUCGAGGCUCGCGUCUCCGCCCCGCUCCCCCACCGCCGCCGCCUCCCCAUUACCUAAGAACAUGAAUAUAAAACAAAAAAAUAAUGUUUAAUUGACCCUUAAUUUAUUUACCAAACCCCCCCCCCCUAAUAAAGGCCUCUAGAGCAAAUGUCGUUUCUAAAUUUAAAAAAUCAAUGCAAAAAGUUUGAUUCUAUUAAAGAGGUUUUAUUGAAGUCCAAAGAUUUUGAAUUGAUUUUUAUUUCCAUCUAGGUUUUUAAGCGUAGAAAUUAACAGACGUUCACAAACAGCGGUUUGUGAACGUGAUCUCUGAAAGUUAGUUUCCCGAUACAAAUAAUACAAUACAUAACAAAAAAAAGAUGUUUAUGAUGUAUUUUUGUUCGAAACUACAUUUCAUGAACGCUCUAACUCGUGACUUCUGUUCAGUGUAGUUUUUUUUACUAACUUCAAUUAUUUCCUGGUUUCAGUUAUCUUGUAAUCGAAAGUCAGUAUCUUAGACACCUGUAGAUAAGUUUCCGCCACAUAUCUUGAGAAUAUUUAAGAUAACUUCCACGUGUGUUUUGUGUAUAAAUAGUGUACCUUUUGUAAAAAAUAUUGUAGUUAGAAUAAGUUAUUUUGCAAUAAAAUGAUCCUAAUUUUA